CCGCGCGCCGUACAGUGUGGGACGCCCGUCGGCCAUUGGCGCGGCUUGGGCGGUUGUCUUGGAGAAGCAAGAUGGCGGCGACGGCGGCCGCGGUGGUGGCGGAGGAGGACACGGAGCUGCGGGACCUGCUGGUGCAGACACUGGAGAAUAGCGGGGUCCUGAACCGCAUCAAGGCUGAACUCCGAGCAGCUGUGUUUUUAGCACUAGAGGAGCAAGAAAAAGUAGAGAACAAAGCUCCUCUAGUCAACGAGAGCCUGAAAAAGUUUCUGAAUACAAAAGAUGGCCGGCUGGUGGCUAGUCUCGUUGCUGAAUUUCUUCAGUUUUUCAAUCUUGACUUUACCCUGGCUGUUUUUCAACCUGAAACUAGCACAUUUCAAGGUCUUGAAGGUCGAGAGAAUUUAGCCCGAGAUUUAGGUAUUAUUGAAGCAGAAGGUACUGUGGGUGGACCCUUAUUAUUAGAAGUGAUCAGACGCUGUCAACAGAAAGAAAAAGGGCCAGCCACUGGGGAAGGUGCGCUGGAUCUGUCUGAUGUACACUCUCCACCACAGUCACCAGAAGGAAAAGCCAGCGCGCACACCCCCCCCAGUAAGAUACCAAGGUAUAAAGGACAAGGUAAGAAGAAGACAAGCGGGCGGAAGGCUGGCGCCAAGAAGGCCAGCAGUGAUGCUAGUCAGAGCGACACAAGCAUCUCCUCGUCAGAGCCAAAGAGCAAAAGCAGUCUUCACUUCCUGGCCCAUGAAGCAAGAGUUGGGUCUUUGUUAAGCAGCAAAAGUCUAGAUGCCAAAGACAAAGCUGGUCUUUGUCCAGAUGAGGAUGAUAUGGAAGGAGAUUCUUUCUUUGAUGAUCCCAUUCCUAAACCAGAAAAAACUUACGGUUGGAGAAGUGAGCCUAGUAAGCAAGUAGGAAGUCUGACAUCGCUCUCUGACGCUCCCCCCUUAAAAAGUGGACUCAGCUCUCUUACUGGAGCCCCCUCGUUGAAAGAGCCUGAAAGUAAAAGGGGAAGUACAAUUUUGAAAGAUCUUAAAUUGGUCAAUGAUAAGAUUGGAUCACUUGGAUUAGGGACUGGAGAAGAAGAUGACUAUGUUGAUGAUUUUAAUAGUACCAGCCAUCGUUCAGAAAAAAGUGAGCUAAGUAUUGGUGAAGAGAUUGAGGAAGACCUGUCUGUGGAGACAGACGACGUCAAUACCAGCGAUAAGCUUGAUGACCUGACACAGGACCUGACUGUGUCCCAGCUCAGUGACGUUGCAGAUUAUCUGGAAGAUGUUGCAUAGACAUGAGUGAAGGAACUUCUGAUCAGCAAAGGACAGAGGACCCUGAUCAGUUCCUUUUUUUCCCCAAUCACUCUUUGCUGGAAUGUCUGCUCCCUAUUGGUGCCUUGUGUUUCAAAAAGACUAUAGAUAUUUUUAAAAAUCAACUUUUCAUUAUACAAAUGAAAUGCUUCCUGUUUGAGCCCAUGUGUGGGAGAUUUAGUAUUCUUAAUUUGGUUUAGCGACGUGUUUCUUUAUGGAAAUUGAUUAUCUGCGCUCAGUUACUGCAAGAAGCAAGCCCAUGAAAAUGCCGGUGUUAGCUCAUCAGGAGAGGGGUCAGACAGCCGCAGGUUUCACAGCCCCGUGCGUGCCGGUGGGCCAGCCGCCCAGGGCCAGCCACCGGCCGUAGGUGGUUCUUCUGCAGUUGGCGUUGAGCAGUAGGUGCUUCUGCAGCUGGCUGGCAAGGCGGCCUGGGAAACCUGUACUACGGAGGCCCGUUACUGUGGGUUAAAUUCGGUAAGUCAGCUCUAUUUGUAUUUCCUUCCAUUUGGAAGGUUUGUUAGACCAUUGAGGUUGUGUUACAAUACUCGUGUGUGCUACUUAGUUUUGCUUGUUUUAAAGAAAUCCAGAGUUGGUUAUGACCUUUGCUUCAUGGAGUUGUCCCUGGCGGCUUUUGCAGUCACCGCCCUGUGUCCGUGUCAGAAGCUUUACUCACCGGUUCUCGUUAUAAUUUAUUAUUCGUGGAGAUGCCUUGAAACAUACUAAAUACCAAAGGCAUCUGGAACCAUUAAGCAGCACUUUUAUUUCAGGUCUGUAAGUUAAUUAUAUUAAAAUCCAAAUUGGACUGUCACAGUAGUAAUGGCCUAAGACCAGAUCCAGUUUGACCAGCUUCAUACACUGUACGUAGUUUCAUCAUAACCCUCUGAAGCCAGCCGGUGAUAGACUGUCGGGCAGUCUCGUUUACACUGUUUCCGUGGUGCUGCUGUGGAUGUAGGUGGUUGACACCUAUGACACUGAAGUGUUGAAAAGAACAAUUGGAAGGGAUGCGUGCAUGUUCAUAUUAAUGUAAGUAAAGCUGUGAUUGUGUGUUAAAGUUUGUACUUUUUUAUUUCAACUAAAUUAAAGCUUUUUAUUGAAAGUCAUCUUUAUUAAUAAAAGCAAAUUAGACCUAAUUCAUUGAUCUCAGUGAGUGAACAGACUUUGUGAUUUGUAUAAUGCCCCUUUUUCAUUUCACAUUAGUCUGAAUAUUACAAAAAUAUUUAAAUAGGCUUUAAUAUGUAAAGGGAGAUGAUAAUGUAAGGGUUAAGGUUAUUUGACAUUAGAAUCUGAUUUUACAAGAAACUGAGCCAUAAAUGCCGAAAGGCGGUAGGACAGAGACGGGCCAGGGAGCCUGCGUCUGCCCGCAGCCUGUGGGCUGUCAGCUCGGUCUCCGUCAGGCUCUGCACGUUCUGUGUGAGGAAACAGCGCUGCCUGGAGAUGGACUCUGCUGCUGGAAGUCUCCCGAUGUGCUUGGUUAUAAAGUGUGUUUUCUUGGAGGUCACUCUAUAAACAGUCGCUUUCUGUAAAGACCGUAACUGUGUUCAGCCCUCUGGAGUCUGUCAGGUGUGUGACUUUUGAAUCUUUGUUAGGAGCUAGAUUUCAGUGAAGUGAUUAUUGGGGGUGGCUCUUUAAUUUUGUGGAAAAAUUUGAAUAGUAGCAUCUGAAGUGUGUCAUUUCUUUAUGACCCAUAGACUCCCACCUUUUGAUAAUAUCUGGGAGGAUGGGGAGGAAAAUGCCAAAUACGAGACCCUGCAUCAGGUGAAGCAGCGCUCAUGACGUAGAAUCCAGCUCUGGAAACGCCUGGCUCCCACGCUGUCCCCUGACUAGGUGGAAGGUUUUGAGUGUGAUUAAAGAAACACGUUGAAAUAGUAACCCGUGAAAUAACAUUGUUAUGGUAAAACCUGUGUUUUACAGUAGAAUCUCCAAAUGUCUUGUUUGUCAGAUGUCCAUAAGGUGUCAUUUUACUGAUGUUGACUGAAGUGGA